AUGCCUGUGUCCUAUGUCCCUGUGCCUGUGUCCUAUGUUCCUACGCCUGUGGCCUAUGUUCCUGUGCCUGUGUCCUAUGUUCCUACGCCUGUGGCCUAUGUCCCUGUGCCUGUGUCCUAUGUCCCUACGCCUGUGUCCUAUGUUCCUACGCCUGUGGCCUAUGUCCCUACGCCUGUGUCCUAUGUUCCUGUGCCUGUGUCCUCUGUUCCUACGCCUGUGGCCUAUGUCCCUACGCCUGUGGCCUAUGUCCCUGUGCCUGUGUCCUAUGUUCCUACGCCUGUGGCCUAUGUCCCUGUGCCUGUGGCCUAUGUCCCUACGCCUGUGUCCUAUGUUCCUACGCCUGUGGCCUAUGUCCCUACGCCUGUGGCCUAUGUCCCUACGCCUGUGUCCUAUGUUCCUACGCCUGUGUCCUAUGUUCCUGUGCCUGUGGCCUAUGUCCCUACGCCUGUGUCCUAUGUCCCUGUGCCUGUGUCCUAUGUUCCUGUGCCUGUGGCCUAUGUUCCUACGCCUGUGUCCUAUGUCCCUGUGCCUGUGUCCUAUGUUCCUGUGCCUGUGGCCUAUGUUCCUACGCCUGUGUCCUAUGUCCCUGUGCCUGUGUCCUAUGUUCCUGUGCCUGUGGCCUAUGUCCCUACGCCUGUGGCCUAUGUCCCUACGCCUGUGGCCUAUGUCCCUACACCUGUGUCCUAUGUUCCUACGCCUGUGUCCUAUGUUCCUGUGCCUGUGGCCUAUGUCCCUACGCCUGUGUCCUAUGUCCCUGUGCCUGUGUCCUAUGUUCCUGUGCCUGUGGCCUAUGUUCCUACGCCUGUGUCCUAUGUCCCUGUGCCUGUGUCCUAUGUUCCUAUGCCUGUGGCCUAUGUUCCUACACCUGUGUCCUGUGUUUCUACACCUGUGGCCUAUGUUCCUACACCUGUGGCCUAUGUUCCUACACCUGUGUCCUGUGUUUCUACACCUGUGGCCUAA